AUGAGAAAGCUAAUCAUUGAUACUGAUUGUGGUGUUGACGAUGCUACUGCUAUUUUACUUACUAUAAUGUCAAAAAAAGUUGAUUUAGUAGCAAUCACUUGGGCAAAAGACAAUUUACUUCAUGUAGAAGUGGAAAGAUUUGUUGGUCAUGGUCAAGAUGGUUUUGGAAAUGCUGAAGUCCCAAACACAAAAUUAAAGCCAUCUAGUAACCGUCAUGCAGCACUCGAAAUUAUUGACUUAGCAAAGAAAUAUGGUAAAGAAUUAGAUAUAGUUACAAUUGGCCCAUUAACAAAUAUUGCUCUUGCUGUGUCAAUUGAACCAAACUUGUUUAAUAUGAUUGGUCAUUUCCAAAUGAUGAUUGGCUCAGAAACUUGUAGAGGGAAUAGUUUACCUCUAGGAGAAUUCAAUUGUGCUUAUGACCCAGAGUCAGCUAAAAUUGUAUUUGGAAGUGUAAAAGAUGCUGUGAUUUCAUCUUGGGAUCUUACUUUAAAACACUUAGUCGAUUGGAAAGUAUUUGAUAAAAUUAAAUCAACUAAUAAGUGUGGUGAACUCAUUGGAAAAGUUUAUGCUCUUAAUGAAAAAAAUUUAAGAGAAAUUGGAUUUGCUGGACACAAGGAAUACACUGGAUGGGUUAUUCCUGAUCCUCUAUGUUUGAUGUGCUAUUUAUUCCCUGAAAUUAUAACCCAUACUGAUGUUGUUGAAACAUCUAUUUGUGUUGAUGGACUUGGCCGUGGAGCAACAAUCUGUGAUUGGUUUUCAAGUUAUCACUUAGGUAAUCCUCAAAAAUGGAUUCGUUCAGUUGACCAAACUAAAUUAGAAGAAUUAUUGGUUCAAGUAGUAGAACAAUAUCAAGAAACUAACUGA